AUGAGUUCGUGCAGCAGCCGUGCGCUGACCAUCCUGUCUACAGUGUUCGGAGCCUGCGGGCUGCUGCUGGUGGGGGUGGCUGUGUCCACAGACUACUGGCUGAUCAUGGUGGAGGGCAUCAUCCUGCAGCAGAACCAGAGCAUGGAGGUGAAGAUGGCGCUGCAUUCAGGCCUCUGGAGAGUUUGCUUCGUGGCUGGAGCAGAAAACGGGAGAUGUGUCGCGUCGGAGUAUUUCACUGAGCCCGAUAUAGAGAUCACCACUGAAAACACGGCAAAUAUCCUCAAGAUGGUGCGGACAGCCACGCCCUUCCCGAUGGUGUCGCUGCUCUUCGUCUUCACCGCUUUCGUCAUCAGCAACAUCGGACACAUCCGGCCUCAGCGCACCAUCCUGGCCUUUGUGUCCGGCAUCUUCUUCAUCCUCUCAGGCCUCAGCCUGGUGGUGGGCCUGGUGCUCUACAUCUCCAGUAUUAAUGAUGAGGUGAUGAACCGGCCCAGAGAGCCUGAGCAGUUCUUCAACUACCAUUAUGGCUGGUCCUUCGCCUUCGCUGCCUCCUCCUUCUUACUCAAAGAGGGGGCCGGGGUGAUGUCAGUCUAUCUGUUUAUGAAGCGCUACGCCGAGGAGGAGAUGUUCCGCCCCCACCCUGCACUCUACCACCCCCGCUUGUCCGAGAGCAGCGACUACAGCGGUCAGUUCCUCCACCCAGAAUCCUCCUGGCCUCCGCCAAAGCGAGGACGCCGGAACUCCGAAGCCUCCAGCGACAUCUCCAUCCAGCUCAACCAGGCGCCCCCGGUGCCCCCCAAAAGUAGCCUCCACGGGCAGGGCAGCCCGCCUUCUGGGUCUUCUUCUGCAGGGAGCUACCAAAUGCCCCCGCAGUCUGCUGGCUACCCCUCCUCACACACCCUCACCAGGUCGCACUCCUCACACCCCCAAGGCCAAGCUCUUCCCAUGGCCAUGCCUCCAUCGCCCGUACCUCCUCCUCACUACCACACUCACAUGCACAUGAGCGCCUCCCCCUGUUAG